AUGUCUGAGACGGAUGAGAAAAGGGAUAAAGAGGGGUUUGACGUUGGCGAGUUCUUGCAGAAGAACAUCAACAAAGGUGAACUAGCGUUGAAGCGCGCUGUCGGGCUCGGCGCCCAGCCCAAUGUCGUGCCUGAAGGCGAGCCGAUCCACGAUGGUGAGCCGCGCCCUGUCGAGAUUGGCUGGCAUCCUGUCGGCGGCCUCGCAGGCACGUGGUUCGCCAACAACACCGGCCUGGGCAAAAUGAUAACAGAGAGAAUCAACAAGUACCCCGAUCCUACGCAGCACUGGGCCGUCCUCGUGGGCGACUACGUCCACCAGCUCUGGAUGGAUGAGAGUUUCCAUGUCAUCUACAUCAACGAUCGGAUCAAACGCGACGAGUGGAAGACGUUUAGCGUUGGCCAGACGCGCUUCAAUGACGACGCGCUGCGCCGCGCCGGCGAGACCGUCAUUGCCACGAUUCGGGAAAAGACGCCCGCGUACAACUUAAUCUCCAAUAACUGCCAGACCUACGCUCUGCAACUGCUCGACGCCAUCAAGGUCGGUGCGCGCAAGGAGUUUGGCACCACGCUCGCCGUGUACGACCGCAUGCUUGGCCCCGGCAAAGUGGCGGAUCUGUUCAACAAGGACGGCCAGAUGCCCACGGACGGCACCGACCCCAACGUCCUGCCGCCCAAGGACGGCGACGACGACGAGAACACAGUCGGUCUAGCGCAACAGCUUAUGAACGACCACACGGCGCAGCUUGAUACGCAUGAGCAGAUGAGCAAGAAGAACGGCGAGCUCACCCCACUCCGGGAAGCCGCCGAGGCGCAGGCGCACGAGCAGGAGCGAGAGCUGGACGGUGAGAACCCCACCGAGAAUGGCAAUGGCGAGAAGAAGGAGAGUAAGAGCAGCGAGGUCAAGAAGCAAAUCAAAAACAUAUUUAGCCGUUUGUCGCGAAACAAGUCUUCGUGA